GAAUCCCCGAGUGGCGGGGGCCAAAGUGACCUUCGAAAGAUGGCGGCGGCGAUGGCGGCUCGAGGGGCCGGGGCCACGGUGGGCCCUCAGCUGAGGGAGCUCCGCAUCCACCUGUGCCAGCGCUCAGUACAGAGCCAGGGAGUCCGGGACUUCAUCGAGAAGCACUAUGUGGAGCUGAAGAAGGCCAACCCUACCUUCCCUAUCCUGAUCCGGGAGUGCUCCGAAGUACAGCCCAAGCUCUGGGCCCGCUACGCCUUCGGUCAGGAGAAGAGCGUCUCCCUGAAUAACUUGGGUGCGGACCAGGUGGCCAAAGCGGUGGAGACCGUGAUGCGCAGCAGCAAAGCGUGAGGACUCAGAGCUCUGUCGGACUGAGAAAAUGAACACACCCUGAAUCCCCUGACGUAUAUAAAGUUGUGCAACCGUGUCUCGGUUGCCUUAACAAUCA